GUUAGAUGUUUCACCAGAUCGACAGUAGUUCUGUGGUUUAUCCUGGGUUCUAAUAUAACAUUAGACUGGAAAAGACCUGAGCUUAACAAAAAGGGUCUGUAAUUAUUCCACAAAGAAAUCUAAAUUUGUUGCUUUCAGUAAGGCUAAGUUCACAUGGCAAUUGUGCUCUGACCCGUUCAGUGUCUAUGCACAACUGGCGCUGUCAUGUGAUAUUGACUUGAAUGGGAUCCGUUGGAUGUCUGGUAUUUUACAGGAAUUGAGUGAAGAAGAAAAUAGGACGUGCAGUAUUUGUAUCUUUGCUCACCCCCCGUCCUUCCGAUGGACUCAGUGACUGAGCUCCAUUUAGCGAAGUAGUGUAAUCAAGUCCUAACUAUAGGGUACAGCAAGCGUGCUUGACCAGCGCUUGACACAUUCUAGAGUUGGGGAUACCUCCUUAUAUAGUUACGUAUAGUUGGAAGACAACCCAUACAAUUUUCGGCUUCUCGACCAUCACCAGUGGCCACCACCACACGAGGAUUCAUAUGGAUCAUGUUUUUUUGUUUUUUUUGUGAAUAAAGGUCAAUGGCAAAAGGAUAGGCAUCCUGCCAGCUAUAUUUACUGCUCAGGGCUGUAGACACUGUUGGAUAGCUGUGAGGCUCAGUUACAAUCAUGAAUACUACCGCAAAUGUCAAAGCCCUGCACACAUUAAGGCAGAACCCAUCAUUUACUACAAGGAAAAGAGCACAUCUCAUCCCCAGAAAGAGAAAAACGCCAAACACUGUGGAAUAUCUCCCGAUGGUGCUGCUACCGCCACCUCAAGCUGAGUCUGUCCAACAAUAUGCCAUUCCUCUAAAUGGGUCCGGAAGGGUGGGUAAUUCUGAUGACUCUGCAAGGGAAAUUAUUCAGAUCUGCAGCAAAAUUGAUCAGUACACUAUAGAUUUGGAAAAUAUAUAUGGAAAAAAGAAAGGUGAGGUGCCUGAAGACUCUUCCCAUGUGGGGCGGCAAUUUUCCGCCUUCCUGUCCACCUGUGAUUCUGCCGCAACUGAACUGGACACUACAAUCAAUGUAGAACAUAAAAUUUUGGAAUCUUUGUUUGAGGGUUACCAGAAAGAGGUGCAGCUUUUAGAACAGCUAGGUAAUAAAGUUAUUCCAGCAUAUAGUGAUAUUCCGACAUCUCAAGACAGUGUAACAGCGCUUAUUUCUAGACUGAUGGAAAUUCUCAAGAAAUUUGAGGAAAUGAAACAUUUAUUUCCAUACCUUCCGAAAACACAUCCCCAGGGACAUUUUCUUUCGUCUCCUCCAGUCAGUGCAGAGGAGAAGAGAGGAGCUCAUAUCUUUGGACCAGAUUUACAGUCUGGAUGGGAAGAUCACAAAGAAGACUCAGAAAGUUUGGUUAAGGCACUUCAGGGACUAAUGACUGAUACAGAUACUCGUUCAAAAGAAGUAUUGGAAAAGAUUAUUCUUGAUGUUGGUCAACUAUUUGAUGCCCAAGCCAUGGAACUACAGAAGCUUGGAAAGGACCACAAAGAAACUGAAAAUAAAUAUAUCAAGGUAAAGGCAAACUACCAAGCUCUCCUGCAAGAGAAAAGCAUGUUAGAAAUGGAACUAAAAAAACGACUUACUUGGCAGGCGAACCAGAAGUCUUCCCCUAUAGUCAGCACACGUUUGGAAGAACGAAUAGAAAAGGAUACAGAACCAGUUCCAUCUACUGUGACAGCCAGUGACAUAAACCAUGAAUCAGAAAGAGAUAUCAUUUUUAGCUGUGGAUCAGAAGACCAUAAAGAAGCUGAAGAAUGUACAAAACUAUCUGACAGUCAAGACAAAGCUGAAGUACAGGAAAAAGCAGCUUCCCCUACAGGUUCUUCUGUAUCUACACUUCACAAAAAUAGUGAAAUACAGGAAGAAAAGGACACAGAAUUUUCUGAGAUCUCAUAUACCUAUGAUCAUGAUGAUCUGGAUCAGGGGGACAUAUCUAUGUCUACUUCUGCAGAGCCAAGUGAUCCUGAUGUGGUGGAAUCCGAGGAAAAGGGGCAGCCAGAUGAUAAAACUGUGUUGUCUUCACUAAAUCAAAAGGAAGUUACAGAGGAAGGUGACAAUAAAGUAAUAAUGAAAAAACAAAAAUUUAAGUCUCUAAAGAGCAGAGGAGGAAGGAGGGUCAGCAAAGUCUCUACUAAAGCAAAGGGCGCCGGUCAAGCUGGUAGAAAAUCUAGCAGGAUCACAUCUACAUCUACUCCAAGUGGGAAACCAGAGGAUGAGUCAUUCUCAAAAACCAAAAACCGUCAGGAUCCAGAAGUGUUCACCAGUGUUUCUAACCAAAGAAAAACCGGGUCAAAGUUAUCUAAAAUCCCAUCAUCCUCAGGGAAAGAAAAGGCUAAGCUUAAUGGAAAAGAUGCUAUAGUGACCACUGAGGCUGUUGUUCAGUCUCAUAGGGCAAAGGAGCCAGCAGAUCAUGAACAGAAGGGAAUACGAGGAGGACGAGAGUCAAGGUCUGCAGGCCAGCAGCAAGGUAGACAACAGGGCCUCAGCUCCAAAUCAAGACGCCUCUCUGAAAUCAAAGAUAAAAAGUUAGAAAAUGGUAAACAUAAGGAUCCUACAGGAAAGCGGCAGAUAAUGAAAGUUAUUCCAGAAUAUCAGCCAGAAAAACAGAUGACAAGCAAGAAAGUGGAUGCCGAUAGCUUCCCAAAACGACGUGUUGUUAACAUGGAGGGGAACAGAUACCAUUUUACUGGACAUAGUGUUUCCAAGGUCUCAGGUCCUGACCAAGAGGGUUCAUUUAAAGACAUUUCAGAGGAUGGGAGAAGUAUAGAAGAGUACAGAAGGCUUCAGCCAUCUACUGCCGUGGUCACUACAAACUUACCAACACAUCCUAACAUCCCCAAACCACAUCCUGAUGACAUGGAUGACACCCGCUCAAGAUUUCUCUCAUCAGAAAAGAUACCAGACAAGGAAACAGCACAAGGUGGAAAUCAGCUGGAGCCAUCAGAGAUGAGUGAUCUCCAUUUUCAGUUCUAUGUUCAGACGGGUAAAUAUCAGCUUCCUCCAUUGGAACACAGAAGACAGCAGCGGUUCGGUCAGGACUCGGCACCUUUGCUGAUCAGACAGUCUCCUGGGACAUUUGACGUUGCUGCCCUGAUAAACUGGAUGAACACACAUUAUAAGUUUGGAUCUUGCCCGAAUAUAGGUUCUACAACACAAGAGAAAAUAUUACCACCGCUACUUGGGAAAAAUAUUAAACUACAGACAAAGAGCUUGAAAUGUCAUUCACCCAGGACACUCAUACAGCGACACAAAGUAAGUAAGGUUCAGGCUGAUGAGUUUCCUUUAUAUGACAAAACCUUCUCACAAAGUUUCAGUACAGGACUAUUCAUCCAAGGACGCCAUAUUUCGAUCACACGUUCUCUACCUACUGAGAUCUCAUCCAGAAUACCUUCUCCAACCCACCCCAGACAGAGAGCAGAGAGAUCAACACAUCUGCUCUACGGGAAAAGAGUCAACAGAAAUAUUCCAAUGGAAUACCCCAUUCUUCCAACUAUGACGGUUAUUGGAAGAAGGUAAAGACUUGUACAGCAAGACAACAUCUUCACAAGGUUCAUCAAACACAAGUAGACUCAUAAAUAAAGAUCUGCUGACUUGUUGACUAUAUCAAUGAAAUAGGUUAAAGGGGUACUCCGGUGGAAAACUUUUUUUUUA